AUGUCGCUCGGCUCUCACGCAGACCCUAUCGCUCAAGUCUCCUCCGAGGAGCUGCACGCACCCACCAACACCCGGUCCGACCUGAACCUCGCGCCUGAGAUCCAGCUCACCGAUCUCCAAGCGUAUCACGUCGGGGUCGUGUUCGAUCUGUUCCAGGGAAAGGGGACGAGGGGGAAGCUCGUUGAUGCUUUCAGUGAGGAUGCGGUGUACGAGGACCUGUUUGCUUCUUGCAAGAACCGGGAGGAGGUCGCCGGCCAACUCCUGAACCUCCCCCUUCUCCUCUCAUCAGCCAAAACAAACUCCCACCUCAUCACCUCCAUCUCACGCACCACCACCUCGACCCACGCCCGCCCCUCCAUCCCCGCCGACGAGAUCGCCAUCAAGUUUAACCACACCUUCACCUUCAAGGCCCCAUUACCCGACAAGAUGAGCUCGGUCACGAUGGACACGACGUUGAUGGUGUAUUCGGCAGAAGGGGAGGGGAAGAUUGUCAGGUUGCAGGAUCGGCCGGAUGAGAAGAUUCCGAAUAAUGGGUUCAUCAAUAUUAUCCGAAAGAUGAAUGCGGUCGGCGUGCCCAAAAUCGUCUCGAUGCCGAAAGACGACAAGGAGGAUGCGGAGAGCGUGCUCAAACACCAGCGCUAG